CUGUUCCUGAAAUUACCCACUUCAGAUCAGCUCUUACGAACUUCACAGAGGAACAGUUCUUUAUAGUGUCUUCAAAACUCUCAAGAUGGCUUUUUUAAAGAAAUUAUUUGAGCAACAAAAAGAUGACACGGGUUUUAGACCUGCUCCUUUUGAGACUGGAUAUUUUGGAACAGUCAAGGCUGAUCCUAAUUUUAAUGCCCAGAAUGAUGCUGCAAAAUUAAAGAAAGCCAUUGAGACCAAAGGUGUGGAUGAAGCCACUAUUGUGGAGGUGAUAGCAAAGAGGAGCAAUGCACAAAGACAACAGAUCAAAGCAGCUUAUCAGCAGAGUGCAGGAAAAGAUCUGGCAGCUGACUUGAAAAAAGCUCUGAAGUCAGAUUUUGAGGAAGUGGUCCUGGCCUUGCUGCUGACUCCUCCCGAGUAUGAUGCUUUUGAAAUGAAAAGAGCCAUGAAGGGUGCUGGGACAAGUGAGGCCGUCCUAAAUGAAAUUCUGGGGACCAGGUCAAACAAGGAGAUUACAGCAUUGAAGAAUUCUUACAAAGAAGUCUAUGGAGAGCUGCUGGAGGAAAAUAUUAAAAGUGACAUUAAAGGAGAUCUCGAGACUACCCUGCUUGCCCUUUGCAAGGCUACCAGGAGUGAAGACCGUAACAUUGAUGAUGGAAUGGCUAAGAGUGAUGCAAAGGCUCUUUUUGAAGCAGGAGAGAAUCGGAUUGGCACUGUUUGCUCUGUUCUGAUUGACAUCCUCACAAACAGGAGUGAAGCUCAGUUGUGCAAAAUUUUACAAUAUUAUGGCCAAUUCAGCAAAGACGGUUUGGCCAAAGAUCUUGAGGGUGAGCUGAGUGGAAACUUUGAAGACUGCCUGAUGACCCUGGUGAAAAGUGCUUUGAACAAACAUGCCUACUUUGCAGAAAGGCUCAAACUGGCUAUGAAGGGACUGGGAACCGACACUGACACGCUGACUAGAAUCCUUGUGAGUCGUUCAGAAAUUGACCUGCUGAAAAUCAUGCAAGAGUACAAGAGGAUGUAUGGCAAAAGCCUUCAGGAAGACCUUCUGAAAGAAACAAAAGGGGAUUAUGAGAAGAUCGUGCUGGCACUCUGUGGGACUCCGUAGACAACAAUAAAUAUCUUCAUUCAACUGGAUCAUGCUAAACACAUCUGUUCAUUACAUGGGUGUAUUCAUGACCCGUGUAAACGUCUAAUCUCCUCAGGGUGUGGCUCUUUAGGAGUGUUUCAUUAAAACUCGUUGUGCAACUCA